AUGGCCUGGAGUUUCCACGGGAAAGCCCAGCUUGGGGGACUGCUCCUCUCCCUCUUCGGCUGGGUCUGCUCAUGUGUCACCACCAUCCUGCCCCAGUGGAAGACUCUCAGUCUGGAACUGAACGAAAUGGAGACCUGGAUCAUGGGGCUUUGGGAGGUCUGCGUGAAUCAGGAGGAAGUUGCCGUGUGCAAGGCCUUUGAGUCCUUCUUGUCUCUGCCCCAGGAGCUCCAGGUAUCCCGAAUCCUCAUGGUAGCCUCCCAUGGGCUGGGGCUCCUGGGGCUCCUGCUCUCUGGCUGUGGGUCCGAAUGCUUCCAGUUUCACAGGAUCAGAUGGGUAUUUAAGAGGCGGCUCUGCCUCCUGGGAGGGACUUUGGAAACAUCUGCUUCAGCCACUACCCUCUUUCCAGUCUCCUGGGUAGCCUACGCCACGAUCCAAGACUUCUGGGAUAACAGCAUCCCUGAGAUUGUGCCUCGCUGGGAGUUUGGAGAUGCCCUCUACCUGGGCUGGGCUGCAGGUAUUUUCCUGGCCCUUGGUGGGUUACUCCUCAUCUUCUCAGCCUGUCUGGGAAAAGAAGACGUGCCCUCUCUCCAGAUGGCUGGCCCUAGAGCCCCGCCGUUCUGUGCCCCAGCAAAUGAGUCCAAUGACUCCUUCUAUCUAACACCAAGACCUAGGAACCUGUUCAUAUAG